AAUCCUUGCAUGCAUUCACCACAACACAAAUUCCUUUCCACUCUCAAAACCAAAACCUUGAUUAAAAAGAAAAAAACAUACAAUGGCUAGCUCAACAAUGCUCUUCAAGGUUGCAUGCUUGGCCAUGGUGUGCAUGGUGUUGAACACCUCCAUGGCCAAUGGUGCCCUGACAUGUGCCCAAAUCACAUUCACUGCUUCACCAUGCAUUGCCUACAUUAGGAACCCCGGUGCCGCCGUUCCAGCACAAUGCUGCAACGGCCUUAGGUCACUCAAUGACCAAUGUAAGGGAACCCCGGAGCGCCAGGACGCCUGCCGCUGCCUGAAACGGACCGUUCUGAGCGUACCCGGAGUCAAUCUCCCGGCGCUUGCUGGCCUCCCUAACAAGUGUGGGAUCAACUUGCCCUACAAAAUCACCCCUACCAUUGAUUGCAACACGGUACAUUGAGCAUGUUAGUUGUGCAUGGAAGAACUACGCUUGUUGAUUUGGAUGUUGGUCUGUGGUAAUAAUAUAAUAAAUACAGAUUAGAAUAAAGAAGAGCAGUGGUUAUCUUUAAUAGUUACCCCCUGUUGGUUGUUAGUGUCUUAUGUGUUCUCCUCGCUAGGGAGAACUUUAAUCUUUACUAUGAUUGUGAUUUGUAUUUUCGUCAACGUUAUAAUAAAAUAUUAAUGUGUUUCAGUUCAA